AUGACAGAACAGGAAGAUUAUUCAUCUCUAUCUCUUUUAGAACGAGCAGUACAUAAAACAUGGAAGGUUCGACUUGGAGCUUAUGAAGAAAUGUCAAAACUUUUUUCAGCUUCUAUGUCAGAUCAAGAUCCUCUUUUUCGUUCAUUUUUACUUGAUGUUGGUUUAUGGAAAAAAAUUUCUACUGAUUCCAAUGUAUUUGCUCAAGAAGCAGGUAUUAAUGCCUUAAAAGAUUUUCUUGAAUUUUGUGGAAAAGAAGCUUGUAUAAGGACAAGAAGUACUGUUAUACCAUGUAUCGUUGAAAAAUGCCUAACUAGUACACGCGUUGUAACAAAACAAAGAUCUAUAGAUGUUCUUCUUUUAUAUGUAGAACUUGAUUCUCCUGAUCCUGUUUUAGAUGAUUUACUCCCUAGUCUUAGUGCUAAAUUUCCGAAAUUAGUGGCUGCGACUGUGAAUAUUAUAAAAGAAAUAUAUCGUUUAUUUGGUGCUAAAACUGUCAAUCCGAAGCCUGUUCUUAAAAUUUUGCCUAAACUUUUCGCUCAUAGUGAUAAUAGUGUCCGAAAAGAAGCUAUCGAACUUGCAGUCGUUUUAUAUUCAUGGCUUGGUGAUAUAAUUAAAUCUAGCCUGUUUACUGAACUUAAACCUGUUCAAGUUAAAGAACUUGAGUCUUUUUUUGAAGGAGUAGAAGUUGGGAAAGUUUCUCAAGAAAGGUAUCUUAGAAGUCAACAAGCUUUAUUAGAAGAUUCUUCUGAAGUAUUUCCAAAUAAUGAAGUCAAGAGUAGUGAUUUUUUUGAUUCCAUAGAGCCUGUUAGUAUUUUGAAUAAAAUACCAAAAGAUUUCAGUGAUCAACUUAUGUCUACAAAAUGGAAAGAUAGAAAAGAUGCAUUAGAUGUUCUUUACUCUGUGUGUAAAGUUUCUAGAAUACUAGAAGAUGAUUAUAAUGAUAUUAUUCGCUUAUUGGCUAAAAGCAUAAAAGAUGUGAAUAUAUCUGUUACAAUUGUUGCUAGUAAUUGUGUCGAAGCUUUUGCACGAGGGUUAAGAAAAGGUUUUGCUAAAUAUAAAUCAAUUGUACUUGUUCCGAUUAUGGAGAAGCUUAAAGAAAGGAAAGCUGCAGUUAUAGAAGCAUUAUCAAAUGCAAUGGAUGCAAUUUUUGAUUCUACGUCAUUGAGUGAUGUUUUUGAUGAUAUUUUAGAGUUUUUAAAACAUAAAAAUCCUCAAAUAAGAUCAGAAAUUCUUCUUUUUCUUGUUCGUUGCUUAAAAUCUACGUGUAUUUAUCCAAAAACUUCAGAAAUUAAAUCAAUAGUUGAGUUAUGCAAAAUAUUACUGAUUGAUACUUUUGAACCUGUGCGAAAUUCUAGUGCAGAAGUUAUGGGGACAUUAAUGAAAAUUGUUGGAGAGCAUCAAAUGAGUUCUAUUUUAAAUGAUAUUGAUGAGUUACGUAAAGCUAAAAUUAAAGAAUAUUUUGAAUUGGCGGACGUUAAAUUAAAAUAUGAAAAUUCUAAACAUUCUUUCUAUAGCGAUCUUAAGUUGAAUAAAUCUAAUGUUUCUACAAAAUUGGUUUCUAAAACUGUAUCUUCUAAUGAAACUAAGAAAAUCUUAAUUAAACCUUUAUCUUCUAAACGGAAUGAUUUACAAACUUCAAAAUCAUUUUCUUCAAGAUAUUGUUCUUCUGUUAAUGCAAAUCGUUUAGGAACUAGACCUGAUUCAAAAUUGUCGUCAUUUGGGUCUCUAUCUUCAAAAAAUACAACUAAUAAUAUUAUUAAUGAUAAUUCAUUAAAAGUAUUUAAAAGUGUAAAUUCUCCAUCACAAACUCCUAUUAAGUUAGUAGGGAAAACUACUGAUUCUAGUAAUUUUUCUAUUCUAGAUAGACAAGAAUUAGAAGAAUUAAGAAGAGAGAAAUCAAAGCUUGAUGAAAGGUUGCAAAAGGAAAUAUUUGAAAAGAAAACUCUUUUAGAUGAAAUAAAUUCUCUUCAAUUGAAGAAUGCUCAGUUAACUGAUGAUCAUACAAGAGAUGUUUUACAAAUAAAAGCAAAAGAAAUACAACUUGUUAGAGCAAGGAAUGAAAUAGAUAUGAUGAAAUCACAAUUGUUAUUAUUGCGUAAGGAAUUGGAUCAAAGUCGUUUGAAUAUUUCUAAUAGGUCGAUUAAUUUGCAAAACUUUACGUUAAAUGACGAUAAAAAUGAGAAUCAUUCUUCAAAUAUAGAUGAUUUAAGUAAUAACGAUUCUCUAAAACAGAAUGAUCAACAAACAGAUGUUUCGACUACUAAUUCCUGCUCUUAUAUUGAAAAAGAGAAUAGUCAUUUGAAAUUUUCUGCUCUUAGUAAAUAUAGUAAUGGUUUUUCUUCGUCAGGUUCUUUUGGGUAUUCUAAUGCAUUUUUUGAUAAAAGUGAUAGUAUUUCAUGUUGGGAUACUGCAGCUGACUUAACUGCUCGUUUAAAAGAAAGAAUAGAACAAAUGAAGCGGGCCGAUAUGCGACAUUAA